AUGCACUUCACCCCGCAGCAAAUCCACCCCGCGCUGCAGCACCAGCAGUCGCUGCUGCAGUCGGACAUGCUGCAUGCGCAGCAGCUGCUGCAACAGCAGCACCUCGCGGGGGCUGUUGCGGAGGGGGGGGACCCUGCUUCGGUCUACGUGCAGCAGCAGCAGCACUUCCGCACUGCAGCAGCAGCAGCAGCAGCAGCGAGGCCGAAAGACAUGUUUGGCACUGCAGCAGCGCUGGUGCAGGGGGGCUUGCCGCCGUCGCAGCAGCCGCAUACCGAACGGUACGGUGCAGCAGCAGCAGCAGCAGCUGCUGCUGCUGCUGCUCACUUCCCCGGGGUCUCGGCAGGGAGCGCCUUCCACGUGCAGCAGCAGCUGCUGCAGCCCUCCUUCCACACGACGCAGCAAGCAGCAGCAGCAGCAACGAACUCCUACGCGCAGCAGCUGCAGCAGCAGCACGAGCGAGACCUGUGGGGCGACGCUGCUGCUGCUGCUGCUGGGCGAACAGCUGUAGCUUCUCCUGCUGCAGCACAGGGCGCACUCGACGUGGGCGCUUUGGACCAGCAGCAGCCUCCUUCAUUUGUGCCUUACAUGCAGCAACAGCAGCAGCAGCAGCAGCAGCAGCAGCAGAGGCGCAACGGGCCCUACGGGGUGCUGGGCCCUGCUGAGGGGGCCCCCCCCCACGGCGCUGUGCCGAAGUUUUAUAUGUGA